CCAUGCGCAAUCACAUGACAUUGUCAACGUGACCCGGAUACAGGCUCGCAGACAUGGCGGACGUAGACAGUUCGAAGUCGCUGAACGGCUUGCUAAAUGGGAUCGCUCAGAUAGUGUACUAUAACAAUUCAGAAAUUUCAGAGGAGCUUUUGAAAAAUGAGCUGUACCCCGAUUUGUCACAGGAGGAGUUUCACGUUUUACUCGAGAAGAUGAAAGGUCUUUUGAAGUCCAUAGCCUCGGCGGACAUGGACCAGGCCCAGCUGGAGGCCUUCCUGACGGCCCAGUCGAGGAAGCAGGGCGGCGGUGGGGUGAGCCCCGAACAGGCGGCUUCCCUGUCCAAGUUCUGGAAGAGCCAGCGGGCCCGGGUUCGAGAGAGCCUGCUGUCCCAGAGCCGCUGGGAGCCGGGGCUCCGAGGCCUGAGCUGGAGGGUGGACCUGCCGACCUCCGCCAGCAGGGGGCAGCCUGUCAACGCCCCCGUCGCCGUGGUGGAGCUGGAGAUGGGCCGGACUGGAGAGGACUCUGAGUUCCUCUGCCUGGAGUUUGACGAGGCGAAGGUGAACCAGGUGCUGAAGAAGAUGGCGGAGAUCCAGGAGAGCAUCGACCGCGUGGUGCACCAGAGCUAGCCGCGGGAGACCGGCCGUGGACCGUGCGUCGGCCUGGGGCGGGGGGUGGACUGUACAGGACAGCGGGAAGCAUCCCGAACGUACAUCUGUUCUGAAGGGGGAAGGCCGACGGCGAAUCAGAUCACGGAGGGGCGGGGCCUCCUGUCGUCAGCCUAACCCGGCCACUCACUCCCUUCCUGUUGCUUUGAUCCCUGAUUGGUUGGAUUGUGCUCUUCCUCCUAAUGCUGUGUCAUGACCUCCCCCCCCCAACUCCCCCAACCCAGGGAGCGUCAGAAAACAAAAACACUGCGCGAUGAACACAUAAAAAUUGAGAUGCCAGUUUAGAUAUAUUAAUGUUUUUUUUGUUUUUUUUUGUUUUUAUACACAUUUUGCACAUGUUAAUUGCAGUCUGUCUACAAUGUGCCCACAGACCCACACGUUGCGUUGCCAUCCAGUAGCCCGCAUGUGCCGCCAGAAAUACAGACAUCAUCUCAGAAGCACGAGCUUGUGUCAGUCUUUUUUUUUUUUUUUUUUUGGGGGGUAA